ACUUUGCUCUGUCAGUGACAGCAGCUCAGCUGGUACGGAACCGGAGGCAGCGUGCUGUUACUCGGCUCUUCGAGAUAUCAGUCAGCCAAAAAUGUUGAGAAUUACGAUCCGGGCAGACGUGGGGGCCCUUUGGGUUUUAUUCUGUAUCACCUAUUCCCAGUUCUUGACUGUUUCAUCUGAGGACAUUGUGGUGGCAUGCGGGGGAUUUGUGAAAUCAGACGUUGAGAUCAAUUACUCUCUGAUCGAGAUUAAACUGUACACCAAACAAGGUUCUUUGAAAUAUCAAACGGACUGUGCUCCAAUCAAUGGCUACUUCAUGAUCCCCCUCUAUGACAAGGGAGACUUUGUUUUGAAGAUUGAGCCUCCACUUGGGUGGAGCUUUGAGCCGACCAGUGUCGACCUCCAUGUGGAUGGAGUGAGUGACAUCUGUACUAAAGAAGAAGACAUCAACUUUGUUUUCACUGGCUUUUCAGUCUCUGGAACUGUAAGUUAUGGUAAAGGCCAUCUCCUGGGUCCGGCUGGAGUAGAAGUCACACUCACCCCAGCGGGAACAAAGGAGAAACUCCAGAGUGUCAGAACACAGCCUGGAGGAAAGUAUACUUUUUUAAAAGUACUCCCUGGAAAUUAUGACAUCACAGCUGCCCAUCCCUCCUGGACUCUGGAGCAGAGCACCACCUCAGUGCUUGUCUCCAAUGCCAAUGCCCCGGCCGCCGACCAUCUGGUAGUCGGGGGCUACGAUGUCUCGGGGGAGGUCCGCAGUGAUGGAGAGCCCAUGAAAGAGGUCACCUUCCUACUGUACUCUGCCGCAGUCAGGAAAGAGGACGUUGGUGGCUGUAACACAUCCCCAGUGGAUGGGGCGGAUUCUGGGGACAGCUCCCUGGUCUACCUGUGCAGCUCUCUGUCAAGGGAAGAUGGGACCUUCGUCUUCCCCUCAUUGGCCAGCGGCGACUACACUGUGGUGCCCUUCUACCGGGGAGAAAGGAUCACGUUUGAUGUCGCUCCUUCUAGGAUGAAUUUCAAGGUGGGAACACACAGCUUGAAACUGGAGCCCAUCUUCCGUGUCAUGGGCUUCUCAGUGACAGGCCGAGUUCUCAACAGUGUGGGUGGGGAGGGCGUUUCUGAUGCCACAGUGUCUCUCAACAACCAGAUCAAAGUGCUCAGCAAGGAGGAUGGUUCUUUCCGGUUGGAGAACAUGACGACCGGUACCUACACCAUCCGAGUCAGCAAGGAGCUCAUGUUCUUUGAGCCAAUCACAGUGAAGAUCGCCCCCAACACACCCCAGCUGCCUGACAUCAUCACAACAGGGUUCAGUGUGUGUGGCCAGAUCUCCAUCAGCCACUUGCCCGAGGGCAUGAAGCAGCAAGGCCGCUACAAAGUCUCUCUAACACCCCCAGGCGAAGACAGCAGGACCAUCGACUCCGACCCUCAGGGGGCCUUCUGCUUCCAGGCCAAACCUGGAGAGUACAGUGUUCAUGUGUCGCUCCCCGAGGCCGAGGUGAAAGCAGGCCUGGCUCUUCAGCCUCAGUCCCUGGAGGUCUCCCUUGUGGACCAGCCCCUCACAGACCUACUUUUCACCCAAUUCAUGGCUUCUGUCUCUGGAAAGGUCUACUGUUUAGCAUCCUGCGACGACCUGUCCGUAACCCUGCAACCAGUGAGUCGGCAGGGAGAGAGAAAGACGGUGUCGCUGCCUGGCAACAGUGACAUCCUCAGCUUCUCCUUUGACGACGUAUUACCAGGGAAAUACAAAGUGAGUAUUACACAUGAGGAGUGGUGCUGGAAGCAUAAGUCCAUCGAAGUGGAGGUCCUGGACUCCGACGUUGUGGGGGUGGAGUUCAGACAGAUUGGCUACAUCCUGCGCUGCUCCCUCUCCCAUGCCAUUACUUUGGAGUUUUUCCAAGAUGGCAGCAAACCUGAGAACGUCGGCGUGUACAACCUCUCUAAGGGAGUCAACCGCUUCUGCCUCUCCAAGCCUGGUGUUUACAAAGUCACCCCUCGCUCCUGCCACCAGUUUGAGCAGGACUUCUACACGUACGAUACCUCGGCCCCAAGUAUCCUGACCCUCACCGCGGUGCGACAUCACAUGACCGGGCUCAUCACCACCGACAAGAUCCUAGACGUUACAGUUACUAUCAAAUCAUCUAUUGAGAGUGAGCCGGCGCUCGUGCUGGGUCCCCUGCGGAGCCUGGAGGAGCAGAGGCAGGAGCAGCAGCUGCAAGAGAUUCAACUGCGUCGUCAGGAACGAGAGCGUCGCGCUGCCGAAGAGGACGGAGGUGCCAGGGGCGAUAGCCCUCCUAUCCAAGAGAAGGCCGAUGAACUAACAGGCCCCUUCCACUAUGAGUUCUCCUACUGGGCCCGGGCUGGAGAGAAGAUCACCGUGACACCUUCAUCCAAGGAACUACUCUUCUAUCCUCCUGAGGUAGAGGCCACUAUUACCGGAGACUCGUGUCCAGGUCGGCUGGUGGACAUCGCAGGGCGUGCAGGUCUCUUCUUGGAGGGCAAGGUGACACCGGAGCUACAGGGUGUGGAGAUCUCCAUCACUGAAAGAGGAACUGCUGCACCACUCAUUACCGUGGCCACCAAUGAGAUGGGAGCAUACAGUGUGGGUCCGCUCCACAGCGAUCGGCAGUACAACAUCAGUGCCAGUAAAGAAGGUUUCGUCCUGAGUCCAGUGGAGGGAACCCUGGGAGAUUUCAAGGCGUUCGCUCUGGCUGGUGUCACCUUCAAGAUCAAAUCGGAGGAUGGUGUUCCCCUGUCGGGUGUCCUCCUGUCUCUGAGUGGAGGCCAGUUUCGCUCCAACCUGGUGACUCAGGACACCGGCCUGCUCACUUUUAAUAACCUGAGCCCUGGUCAGUACUACUUCAAGCCCAUGAUGAAAGAGUUCCGCUUUGAGCCAGCGUCUCAGAUGAUCACAGUGGAGGAGGGUCAAAGCCUCAGUAUCGACAUAACUGGCAUUAAGACUGCGUACAGCUGCUACGGAGCGGUGCAGUCUCUGAGUGGGGAUGCAGAGAGGGAUGUGGCCGUGGAGGCAGUGGGACAGGGAGAAUGUAGUCUCUACAACGAGGACACUGUCACCGAUGAGGAGGGUCGCUUCAGGCUCAGGGGUCUGCUGCCGGGUUGCAAGUAUUUAAUUCAGCUGCGAGCUGAAGGCAACGACCACAUAGAGAGGGCCUUACCACAACACAGAGCUAUAGAGGUCGGCAGUGAUGACAUUGAAGGGGUCAACAUUAUUGCAUUCAGGCAAAUCAAUCAGUUUGACCUCAGCGGAAACGUCCACACAUCCCCCGAACAUCUGGCAACUCUAUCGGUGAAGCUUUACAAGAGUGACAAUCUGGACAACCCAAUCAACACAGUCUCUCUGGGACAGUCCCUCUUCUUCAACUUCCCUCCUCUGGACAGAGAUGGAGAGAGCUAUGUGCUGAUGCUGUACUCAACGCUGGCCCACUCCCAGUAUGACUUCACUCUGCCUCAGGUCACCUUCACCUCCAACGGCUACCACAAGCACGUCACCCUCACCUUCAACCCCACUCGUAAAGUGCCUGACCAGGAUGUUGCCCAGGGCUCCUACAUAGCUCUGCCCCUCACUCUGCUGCUGCUGUUAGCAGCGUACAACCACGAGAAGGUAAUCCCCCUCCUGUUGCAGGUGGUGAACCGUAUCCAGGGAGUGAGGAGCAUGGCCCAGGCCAGCGGGGACAAUGCCGCUCUGGACGAAGCCAAACGUCAGGCCAAGAGACAGAAGGCCAGGCGCACAUGAGGACACAACCACGGCUCACCUCAGACCACAGCUUUGCUCACUAAAAUGUACACUUGCACCCCCAGCCUCGGUGAGCACCGCGGUUAAGCUCGUAGAGGAGAUGCUGGUUCACUAGAUAAACCUCUUUAAUGUUUGGAGGGGCUAAUUGUGGGUGCUAGUGAACUAUUUAGCGAGCUAAGAUGUGAUAUGGCCCCGAGUGAAGCCCAGCACGGACCACUCCUUUUGCAUUACCACCAACCUCAUUAGCCGUUCAGAUGCACUGGACUUAUAGCUGACAAUUUAAAUUUGUCUUUUUUAACUUUUUUUCUUUUCUUUUUCAGGACACUCAUUGUCUAAGAAAAUUGUUAAUAUUUGUGAUAGAGUUUGAGCCAUUUUUAUACCUUUGUAAUUUAUCUAGGUCAACA